GGCGCCGCUGGGCUGGGCGGGGCGGCUGAGCUCACCGAAGCGACAUGGCGGAGGCAGAAGCAGCGGCCGGUAAGAAGAGCGACGGGGCUCCCUCUGCCCGGCCAGUAUCUGAAAGCUCCAAAUUACAAGACAAAAAAGCUGCUUCAUCUAGUCGCCCUCUAUCUGGCACUCUAGGGCAGAACAUAAACAGCACCGGAACCAAGCCAGACUCUGCACCUACACUGAAAGUUGAUGAAAGACUGCGAGUUGCCCGAGAACGGAGAGAGGAACGGGAAAAGCUAUUAGCCGCAAGAGAAAUUGCCUGGUUAGAAAAAGAAGAGAGAGCAAGGCAAUAUUAUGAGAAACACUUAGAAGAGCGCAGAAAGAAAUUAGAAGAGCAGAGGCUGAAAGAAGAACGGAGGCGAGCUGCAGUUGAGGAAAAACGAAGACUGCGAAUUGAAGAGGACAAGGAGCGCCAUGAAGCUGUCGUGCGCCGUACAAUUGAGAGGAGCCAGAAGCAGAGGCAAAAGCAAAAUAGGUGGUCCUGGGGAGGGACACUUCAUAGCAGCAGUGGCAUUAAUAAUACAGAUCCAGACAGGCGAUCUGUUUCAACAAUGAACCUUUCGAAACAUGUUGAUCCAGUCAUUAACAAGCGGCUGUCCUCCUCAUCUGCAACAUUACUAAAUUCUCCAGACAGAGCUCGACGCCUGCAGCUAAGUCCAUGGGAGAGCAGCGUUGUUAGCAGACUCCUGACGCCCACACAUUCCUUCUUGGCCAGAAGUAAAAGUGCAGCAACCUUGUCGGGAGAUGCAGUCAUCCCCAUUUGUCCUCGUUCAGCGUCUUGCAGCCCCAUCAGCCCUCUCUCCUUCAAGGCCAUAAGCUGUCGAAAUUCAGCAGACAGAGCAAAACUCUUUGGCACAACGCCUGAUGUGAGGCGUCGGAGGCAGACACAUUCGGCAGGGAGUAACAGAAAAGAAAAGGAAAGGGGAAUUUCAUUGUCUCAUUCUUCCUCUGGCAAAAAAAGAGCUCAUUCACCUACCUUCAGAAGUAAAUCAUCUCCUUGGCAUGUUUCUGGAUCGUUUCCUCUUUUGCCUGGAGUACCCAAGAAGAUAACACAUGGAUCAUCCAGAUUUUCUUCUACUCAGCCACGCCCUCCUUCACCUGGCAACAUUCGCCCUGUUAAAAAUGAGCGCAAAUUGGAAAGUGAUAAAAAGGAAAUACAACAGGAAGUUGAGAAAACAAAUGAGGAAAAGGUAGACCCUGGAAAGACAGCUUCAAAUCCCAGAGCGCUUGCAAAUGAAGAAGGGCUUCCUUGUAAACCAGAGACAACACAAACUGCCGCUUCAAGUCCACCCUCUGCCGUUCCAGCUGCUUCACCCUCUUCAGCCUCUGGCAGGCCUUCUGCUGGCACAACAGACCCAGAAGAAGCAACCAGGUUGCUCAGUGAAAAAAGACGACUGGCCCGAGAACAGCGAGAACGGGAGGAGCAGCAAAGAAAAGAAAGGGAAGAGACCGAAAGACAAAAGAAGGAGGAGCUGGCACAGAGGAUAGCAGAGGAGAGGGCUCGCCGAGAGGAGGAGGCCCAAAAGCAGGAAGCCGAGCGGAAGCAACGAGAAGCAGAACGCGAGCAGGAGAAGGAGGAACAGUUGCGCCAUUUGGCAGAGGAAAAGGAGCGGAAAGAAAGAGAGGAGAUGGAACAACUGCAGAAGCAGAAAGAAGAGGAAGCUCGGUUACGAGAAGAGCGGAUUCGGUUAGAACGUGAAAAGCAUUUCCAAAGGGAAGAACAGGAGCGCUUAGAAAGGAAGAAGCGCCUUGAGGAAAUUAUGAAAAGAACUAGGCGAACGGAAGCUGCAGAAAAAAAAUCAAAUGAACAACAAAAUGGAGAUAUAGCAAAAGAGUCAGCCAUCAGCCCCACCUCGGCAUUAAGCCCUGCGAUGGGCUCUCAGGGUCAGCGUGUCCCAGAAUCUCCAUGCAACGGCGAAAUGGUGGCCCGUACCCAUGUGCUCCUUUCUCAUCAGCCCACAGCAAAUCUGGACAGUAAUCUCAACCCAGGAAAACAUCAAAAUGAAAAUGGAGUGACUAUGCAGGAUGAAAAUUUUGAAGAGCUCAUCAGCUUACCUGUGGGGACAAAACCACCCAGGCUGGAUGCCUUGGAUAAUGAUAAGAAAGAAAGCUCUGACAUUCCUUUUACUCCCAUUUUGGCCUUUGAAGAGACGGGGACGCUAGGGCCAUUGCCUCAGGUAGAUAAUGUUCAAACACAUCAAACAGCAGAAGUUGUUUGAUCUCAGCUUAUGAAUUACCAAAGGCUAAGUAGAAGCCUCUGCAGCCAAUGGAGUUCCUUCCAUGCCAUGAAGGAGUGUUGUACUUUUUGCACUCUUGAAUUUUCUAACCAUUUCUGGGACAUCUUUUUUUCCCCAAAAGACCGUAGUAAAGCCAGCAGAAGAAUUUAUUGGGAAGAGACUCAGAUUAACAGGCUAUCAAAUAUAUCUCACCACUAGGAGAAUCAUGUUUCAUAUUUAAUAAAUUGCUUUUAUUCAGCAAAUUCCUUUGGUUAGCAUAAUGGAUAUUUUCUGCAUUCAAGUGGAUUCUAACAAUAACAGCUGAUUGGGAUUAAUGGACCUGUUGGUUUGGCUUUGUUUUGAAGAUGAGUGUAUGUAAAAUCAGCAAAGAAUACAUUUUACUGAUUGAAUACUUGAAAAGUAAAUGCCCCUCUGCUCUACAAGUAGGGCUACUGGGGUGUUUUUUUUAUUUGAACCUGUUGGUUUAAAUAUUAUUGCAGAGAACUCUUAAUUAUGGGGGCAAAAUAUAGGCUUCUGUAUCAGGUUCUUGUAAAUGUAACUUCUACAUGAACAUUCUGUAUAUUUAGGCGUCACUACUGUCUUCUUCCAUUUUCUUUAAAAAAAUAAAGUAACACGGCAGGUUUUAAAAUGUGAACAAUUGAAAGCAUUAUUUUUUCAUGGAUGAAAUGAAAACCUGUUGUUAUCCUAGAUAAUGUAUUUAUUAAUUUUGUUCAGUACAAAAUAAAUCAUAGAAAAAUGUGGUGAAAACAACACUGCAGACUUGAAUUUUCUUAGCUUCCGCUUUCUUAAGGCAAUGCAAGGCAUAAAACAAUGCCUUCUGGAUCAAUGUGCUCCAUUCAGCCCUGUGACUUAUCUCCAGACUUGAAACAUUAAGGAACAAAGCAGAUUGAAUGGUCCCCGAGGUUUGUAAAGACUCCUAGCACAACCAGACCAGUUAUUUUGGAUAUCUUACAACAGAAUUUGGUGAACUGGUUCAGCUGAUCCUAUCAGUGGAACUGGGAAAGGGGCAAUUCUGUCUCUGGGCAUCCUCAAAAUCUGCUCCAGAGGACUGAGGGCCUGUCUGGAGCAGGUUUCCAGAAGGCAGAAGGAGAGGGGACCUACAGGGACUGGAACUGUGGGAGAACAUCCACUCAGUUAGAUUCUGCUCAUAAUGCUUGGCAGUGCAGGCCAAACUGGGUGGUUGGUAAGCAGGUACUGUAAAGAAUUGAAAAAAAAUUCCAGGGCUUCUUUCUAUUGAGCUACAGGACAGAAGCCUGCCAGGUGUCACACAGCAGAUUUGCUUACUGCUAGCCUCCCCAAUUCCUGAGCCAAUGUGGCCCUUGAGUUAGAAAAGAUAUCCCACCCCUUUCCAAUAGCAAUGCCAUCUAGGACUGGCUAUUCCAGAAGGGAGCAAAGGAAGGUCACCAGUUCAAGGGUGAGCUUCUUGCCUCUUCGCGCCUGAAAUCUAUUUCCACCAUCUGACCGGUUUGUGCUCUCUAGUAUCUUGCAUCUGCUGUUGCUUGUAGCUUAGCUUUUCUUUAAAUUAUACACAGCCCUGUUAGAGGUGGCUGUCAUUAAAUUUGCACUUUGCAGUGCUGCUGAAGCUGGAUAAUGAUGCUAUGCCAGUUUAAGUCAAAACGAGUGCUUCUUGCUGAUUUCCAGUUCAAUAGGCUGUCAGUUACCCAUGUAGCAGGGAAUCCACCUCCCCAGGGAUGUUUGUCAUAAAGAGAAGUCAAAUGCAAAACAUUUCAACUACUGUUAUUUACAGGUUGUGUAUCAUUUCACAGAAAAUUAUACCAGCUAUGUUAGACAUUAAGUCAACAAUGUUUUCUGAGCAAAAGCAAAUUUUAGGAGGAGGAACAAAAACCAGUCAAUAUUUUAAUAUUUGAUUGUGAUACUGCAAAACAAAUUAUUUUUCUAUUUUCUGUGCUUCUUGUACAUAGCUACUG